UUGCGCUAUGUUCACCUCAUUUUUCCAUGGCAGCCGGUUUACAUUUUACCAAUCAACAACCAGCCAGUAUGUUUCCCAUAGCGGGCGGAAGAAGUCGCGUUCCCCGCCAUUUUGCCAUAGAUAACUUUCACGAAUAACUAUCCUGUAUUUUCCCGCGUAAAGUUUUUCAAAUCAGUGAAAAUGAUUUGGACGGUGAUCUGUCUAUCAUUGUUGACCUUCGUAAGAGGCCAAGAAAUAUGUUUAUCUGGUGAAGAAGACCCUUAUCUACUCUUCGGUACUAAAACAUCUUAUAUUUUCGCGAAUAAAAUAUUUCCAUCAACUAGGAUUCAAGACAUUCCUGGUUGUCAACCGGUCGCGAUUUGGUUGCUGAGUCGGCACGGCUCGAACAACCCUGAGGCGAACGAAACCGCUGGUCUACAAGCACUCACCGAUCUCAGAAAUAAUAUCCUUACUAACUACAGAAAUGGCAACUUUAGGAAUACUAACCAACGCAUCUGUUCAUCGGAUUUGAACCUGUUAGAACGUUGGUCAUGGUCUCCCGGUGAUCCAGCGCUCGCGGGCGACCUCACCAGCGAUGGGUACAUCUCCACGCAGCAGCUCGCACAGGCCUGGAAGCACAAGUACCCUGGACUUCUCACUGACAACCCACAAGAUUAUCUGUUUAAAUACGCCGACGAUCUCCGUUCGAGCACCAGUUUCAGAGCUUUCACUGAAGGCUUGUUUAAAUCUCAGUCCGGAGGUAAUGACGUGCCCAAACAAAAUGAUGAAAAAAUAUUACGACCAUACAAAUUCUGUCCAACAUGGAUUAAUGAAGUAAGAGAAAAUAACAAUACUUUAACACAAAAAGGUACAUUCGAAUCCAAACAAGAAUACAGAGAGAUGAUAAGCAACAUAUCGAAGCGUCUUGGCUUCAACUAUGACGUACAUCGUGACGUCAUCACCUCCAUGUACCAAAUGUGCCGAUACAACAAGGCGUGGGAUGUCGCUCACAUCUCGCCUUGGUGCGCUGUUUUCACCAAAGAUGAUUUAAAAAGGAUUGAAUACGCGGAAGAUUUGGAAACAUAUUAUAAGUAUGGAUACGGAAACUCGUUGAAUGAGAAAAUGGGCUGCACCACGGUUAAAGACAUGAUGGACUUUUUGAAGAAUCACGUGGAACAUGCCACACAACCUCGCGCACUCAUACAGUUCACUGAAGCGGCGACUGUAAUGUUGAGUGCGACUGCACUCGGCGCGCGCCGUGACGUCACUCCUCUCACCGGAGAUAACUACCACUCGCCCGCUGUCCGCUCGCGGCAGUGGACCACCUCCCUUAUGUCGCCAUUCUCAGCUAACAUCGCCGCUGUGUUAUACAAAUGCACACAAGACGGUAACUUCCAAGUGAAAGGUGAGUAUCAAGUAUUAUUCCUAGAGAACGAGAAGCCAAUGAAAAUCGAGGGCUGUCGCGUCGGACUCUGCGAUUGGAACUUUGUUAAAAACAAAUACAGCGACAUCGCAGAUACAUGCGAUUUGCAAUUCUGUAACAACGCUAAUAAUAUUAAAGGAUAUAUCUCUAUUGUUUUAUUAGUCACAUUUUUCACUACAAUUUCUUUAUAAAUUAUUUUAAAAUAUGACCGUUAAACACAGCCCUAAUUUUCUUGAAAAAAAUAUUGUCUCUGGUUGUUCAAAGAACACGAUGUUUUUUCAUCUGUUUCAUAAAUCGUUAAUGUUUAUGUUUUUUCUCAUAUUCAGUCAGUACUUAUAAAUACUU